AAAAGAAAAUACAGAAGGAACUUUCCAAAAUACAUUGGUUAGUCCAGAUUUACAACUAUGGUGGUUUUGAGAAACCUUCUUCUUUCACUUCAUCUCAGCCCCUUCAGCUUCUUUCCAGGGAGGUAGUAACCCUUGGCGGCGAUUGACCGGAAUACCAACGACCCCAACAUCACUUAGAUCCAGCUCACUGGUGACUCGGGAGUUCUCAAUACGUAUAUGGCUGGUUAUAGUGCAUACCAAUUGGAUCCCGGUCCACUUGAACCAUUAGUAUUAACUCAACAACUUACCCAUAUGUCACGGGAUAUAUGGGAUGGAAAUGUUAAUAUGAUUUUAAAUACGAGGAGGUGUGAUGGAAAAUUUUGGGACUUUGUAAAGAAAUAUCCCAUUCAUCCACGAGUCUUAGAAGUGAUUGAAUUAUCAGGAUUAUAUGGUGUUUAUAGAUCAAAUCGACCUAGUAUUGAUCGUAGCUUGAUCACUUCACUAGUAGAGAGAUGGCGUCCUGAGACUCAUACCUUUCACUUUAGGACGGGUGAGGCGACAAUCACCUUGCAAGAUGUAGAAGUGUUGUAUGGCUUACCUGUGAAUGGUGAUCCAGUACUUGGUGAUGAGUCGAUAAGGACCAUAAGGGAUUGGCAAAAUAUUUGUCAAAGAUUGUUAGGUUUUAUUCCACGUCCUCAAGACUUCAACUGUAGUAGCCUCAAGGUAACUGCACUUAAUGCACAUAUGCUCGAGCAACUACAAUUACCUGACUUGGCAACACAAGAUAUGAUCAAUCAAAUGGCUAGAUGUUACAUGUUUUGGAUGAUUGCUGGUAUGAUGAUGGCAGAUACAUCUGGCAACUAUUUAAAGCUUAUGUUCCUUCCUAUGCUCGAGGAUCUCAAUGUAGUUAGCUCUUAUAGUUGGGGUNCCUAG